UGCAAAAACGGCACAAGAAAUUCAAGUCCUAAGGCGAAGAACCGGCUCAUUCCAUUAGAGUUGCCCCGUGCACGCAACCCAGCGGUCUGACCCCCGGCGCUUCCUGGCCUGUAGCUCGUGUUUCAUGGUGCCCGCGCGCAGCUGAAACUGGGAAGCUGGGGCCAAUGCCCAUGCCGAUUCCCUGCGAUGCACUGCGAUGUCAUGCUAAUUUAAGAGAGGAUACACGUCCCUGCCCGAGGUCGUGGUUGCAGUUGCACCUGUGGUGCGAACUCUCUUCUGGACUUGCCGUCUUGGAUGUUGGAUGUACAGACUCCGAAGCGCUUUACUUUCUGAUGUGUAUCGUGGGUGCCCAAUGGUUGCAUGUGCUUGCAGCAUUCGCAUUUCCUUCGUCUAAGUUCUCAAGCGCUUGCGGAGGAUGCUGUUCUCGCAGCGUUGCUAUUCCUGACCACCUUCCUUCGUGCUGAUGAAACGUCUAGCAUGCCAGGGAAUAUCUAACCUGCCAGCACGC